AUGCUAGGAAUGGCACGGGUGGUGAGUCCACCGCCACCGUCUCUUAAGCAAGGACGCGUCUCCUUGCCUCCUGGUGUCGUGACCUCGGGCAACGGGUCUGGUGCACUAGCUCAAGCCGAAGACGGUACCUAUAUCAGAGGUAGAUUCGGUCCUCGGGCCAGCGGGCAUGGUAUUGGGGGAAGGAGUCUGGAGGCGCAUCCCAUUGCUCGUACCGCCCAACUCAGCGCCAUCGAUGAACAAGUCAGAGAAAUCGACAAAGCUUGUGAAGUGGUAGACCGCGAGAAUGCAAUCUCUCAGUUUGAUCUCAGCGAUAGGCGCCGUGGGCUUGAGCAUGAUACCUCUUUCCACCAUGAUUCCUCCGAGGCGGCAGAGGCCCAGCCAGCCAUUCCAACAUCACCACGGGGCCUCUCAGAAGAUGGAACGUCGAGCCCCGCCAUCUAUCUCUCUCCUCCCUCCACAUCACCACCGAGGGUCGCCGGGACUGUCCAAGAUGAGAGCAUAUUGCCGACGCAAGAACACCAGUAUUUCGACCAACCAAGGCUCAGAUCACAACGCACGCUUCCUCAUUCGGCCAUGAGACAAGGCCCUGGGUAUGCUCCGUCCACUCUGAUGGCUUUGAGGAGUAUGGAGAGCAUGCCAGUUCUCUUCAGCGCCGCCGAAGAGGCCGAGCGAACACGAGUACGAGAGUUAGUGUUGGAGGAGAAAAGAAGAGAGCAAAGGAAGCUGUGGGUACAGAUGUGGUGCGCAGCUGAAGACUGUUGUCAUGAUGUUUGGCAUCUCUGGACGUGCGCCAGUGUCUGUAAACAUGACCAUGGUCGUGAGAGAUCUGGAAGUGAGUGGUAG